AUGUUUACAUCUGUCCCGAUACGGAACUAGACAAAAAAAGCUGAAGAACAGUUGCCCUGGGAACAAUGCCAUUUAGAACUGAAAUAUGAAUCAUAGCGAGAAUAUUGGUAAAACGAUUGUUGCGAUGUUGCGACUCGCGGUGUUUCUAAACAUCACAGCAGCAGAGCUAAAAAUAGUCGUUCUUCAGUAGAGCCGUUCGCUUGAACAGAGAAACUUUCAUUUUCCGUUAGUAAGUCCGCGACGUGACACCGGGCUAUAAAUACUGUGCGACGGAACGGUUAUUAAACUGAUUUUGAAAUUUGUGGAAGGAUAUUGAUAUUUUCUUUCUACAAUUUACUGCACUGUGACUAUUCGUGAAUGAAAUAAUUAUAUCUAUUUACAAUAUCAUAUUUCAUUUUUGAUCUAUCAAUUUCAGUGAAAUUCUCUAGGCGAGAUAAGACUUUACAUUGAGUGGAACAGCACAUAUACUUAAGGGAUUUUAUUUUUUCGAAAUAUAGCAAAUAUUAUAAUUAAAAUGGGUCUAGGAAUUUAUGCCAUUACAGUUGGACUUAUUUUUGUUUUACCCUGUGUACUGGGGUGUUCAAAGUUCAAGCCCGGUGCACGUGCGUCAGAAACCAAAGACGACUUUGAUACGGACGAAAGGAAAGUGUAUUAUUCUGAAGUUGUGGUGUUUGGUGAAAUAGUCGGAAAAGUUGCUAAAACUGAUAAAAGGAAUUUUCCAUAUAAGGAUGUAGAAGGCGUCGACACAGUGGAGUUUAAAGUGAAUUGUACAUACCUCGGAGGUCCCGACAUCCCUUCAACUAUCUACAUUUCAGGAAUAGGUAAUGAGAAUGGCGAGAUCCCUGGGUGUCCCCCUGCUCCAGUUGGUGCAUCGAAAGAAGCAGUGAUGUUUCUAAAGCGUGCCGAAAUACCUGGUCACAAUGAUGUGUUUGAAACGGAAUUUAAACCAAACUUUGGUGAAGUAGAAAUUAUGUUGGACGAUUUAUCUCUAACCUGCGGCUUAAAUUUAACUGAGAAUUCACAUGAGAUUUGUAAAGACUAUCCACCAUUAACCCUCGAGGAAGAGUGUAUCAAAUGGGAACCAAUUGUCAUUACUCCAAAGCCUAAACCGGAAAAAACCACUAAGCCUAAACCGGUAGUAACCCCCAAGCCUGAACCGGUAGUAACCCCCAAGCCUGAACCGGUAGUAACCCCCAAGCCUGAUUCAGAAGGAGAACCUACAGAGCCUGAACCAAAAGAAGAAGAAACAAAUAUAGAUACUCCAGAUGACACAGUAAUUGACAUUGAUGCUACAAACAACGGCAAAAAUGACAAAUCAGAUCCAGGCUACAAAACAGACAAAAAUACCGCUCCUGCGGGUACCUCGACUGGUGAUAAUGGAAAUGGAUCCACGCUAGUUACAUCUUCUCUUUUAGUUACCCUUAUUACAUUUUUUCUUACAAUAGUUGUUUGAUUAAUGGAAAUCAUUUAGAAAGAAUUGACGUUUAACUAAUUGACAUCUGAACGAUAUAUCUGGCUGUAUUAAGUGAUUCAGACAUCAGAAAUCAUUCCUCCAUGGCUUAUUGUGAUAAAUGAAGGAUGCUGAACUGCGCCAGACUGAAUAUUUUGAAUGUGUGCACCACUCGGGUCGUCCUCGAAACACCUUAUUUUGUGCGGAUGGUCUCGUCUGGAGUCGCGAUGUGUCUGUUUUUAUCAGUAUAGGGUGUUAAAGUGUUGAAAAUCUUAAACUUAAAGAGUUCCGGAGCACUUUCGAGAUACUGGACGCAGUGAUAUCAAGCCAUUGGUUCUUGCUGAAGUUAGGAUGGGCCUAUAACUUUUCCAGAUAUGAAAAGGUCAUAUCUCUACAGGAUCUGUAAUUUAAGAAAUAAAAUUUAUCUCACCAACCCAGAGUAAAAGCUCAACUUGUUGUGUUGCUACGUGCAUCUAAAUCGUACAUUUUUGUAGUGUAGUGCAGACCAUUUCAUAAAAAUAUUGUUCAUAAUAAUAAAACUAUUUAUCUGUUAUAAUAGAACUAUUCCUCUGUUACAAAAGAGCUAUUCCUCUGUUCUAAUAGCACUAUUAAAUGGCUAUUUGGGAAAACAAUUAACAAGCAAGAAAUGCACCCGUCAACACUAUAAAAUUUGCUUGACAAAGCAAGAUAAUAGUAUUCUCUUUUUUUUGAAUUCUAGUUUUAUUUAUGUCAAAAUGAAUUAAUUUUCUCCAUUCAACUUCGGUAUAACACUCCUUACUCGAAAAUAUUACACGUAUACUCGUCCAAAAAAAAGCAUCCCAAAAUACGGCAUUUAACCGUGAACGAGAAUAUAGGUAAAUGCUUUAGGCUUGUUACCACAUGUUUCAAUAAUAAUCACAUUUUAUCGUUGUUAUGGCUGACAGAAAUAGGCACAGAGUAUAUAAACUUGCAAAAUUUGCUUGAUGCGUAUGAAUGUUGUUUUGUGCUUCAGAUAAUUGUAUGACAAAAUUCCUCUUAUUCAUCUAAGCAAAAGUAAAGCCUUGGUUACCACAUUUCAAAGAUGAAAAUGACCAAAUAACUCUGAAUUGAACUACGCAGAAGUUAAGCAUAUGUUAUAUGGAAGUUAGUUUUGAUUAAUAUAUUUUGAAAAUGACGUAUGCCGUGUACAGCAAAGUAUAUACGGAAGCUUAUUAGGGCCUACAGUUGGUGAGAUGUUUUGUGCUAAGUCGACUUGUCUUUACUCGCCUAGAUAAGAUGUUUUACACAUGUCAAUAAAAUUUAUUGACAAAGAUUAAAAGUAUAGAGGUAAUGCAACUUAACCUUUCGCGAUAUGCUCGGUGUUUUUCCCUUUUCGACUUCACUUUUCUCGAUAUGCUCGAUGUUUUUCACUUUUCGACUUAACUUUUCUCAAUAUGCUCGAUGUUUUUCUAUUUUCGACAAAUAUUUAAUUGAAAAAAAAUAUACAUCGUGAUUUUCGAGAUAAACAUUGUGAGACGGAUGGACAGACAGACAGACAGAUGGAGAGUAAACCUAUAGUAAUCUCCAUAUUUCCAUGUAUUAACAUACCAAAUUACAUUAACCUAGCCACUAUAAUUUUUAGUCAUCAAAGGAUCCAUAUGGGAAAACUAUAUUUUGACUAUUUCUGUUGCCAUAGCAACAUGAAUUUUAACAAAGUGUUGUUCAUAAUUUCAAUAUUGCCCUCUAUUCACAUACAAAAUUACAUUGAUCUAGCUAGUAUCAAAGCUUUGAUAGUGUUUGAUAUAUUUAGUCGAGCUAAAAAGGACAAUCAUAUAUAACUGAAUGGGAGGGAGGAGGGGAGGGGGCGGGGCGUGUGGAAGUGCUCUUUUGAAAUUUCACAUGUUCAUACUGAAAUAGAGCUGGAAAAUAAAAAGAAUAACUGGGGGAGGGAUGUCACUCUGGUGGAGGGGGUGCAGGGUGUCGGGAUGCGGGGAACUGUUGUUUUGAAAUUUCACAUUUUCACAUGUUUAUAUUGAAAAUAUAGCUGAACAAUAGAUUUUUUAAGGGGGGGGGGGGGGGGGGCAGGUCACCUCAGUGUGGGGAGGGGGUUGUGAUGUGGGGGUGGGGUGGAAGUGGGUGGAGUGUUGUUGUGUUAUUAUGAAAUUUCACAUGUUCAUAUUGAAAUAUAGCCGAAAAAUAAAAUCAUAAAUGAAACAAUAAUUCUGUGCAGACAAGACCACAAUUUAGACAAGUUUUGCCCUUUUAGGGGAUAUAACUCUCGAGUCAAUCAUGGGAUAUGCCUGGUUCAAGAAAGGAACCAAGAUCUUUUGGUGGUAAAAGUUAUGUGCAAGUUUAGUUAAAAUCAACUCACAAACAAGAAUGGUUUUUGUAACAAAAACACAUGUCUCCCCCAGCCUCCAUGAUUUGUUACAGUGACUAUUUGUGCCAAGUAAUUUGAAAAUCCUUUAAGGUGUUUAAACAAUACAGCCCGGACACGAUUUGUGAAGGACAGACGGACGAACUUACAGGAUUUGUGGGGUAAUCCCUUAUAUUACCUAUUAUCUUCCUUUGAUCCUUUUAACCCCACAAUACUAAUUUUUAACCCCACAAUACCAAUUUAACCCCAGAAUGACCACAACCUCAGAAUGUCAAAUUCAACAGAAACGCUAACCCCAAAUUUACAUGUGGGCACGUCGGGACAGACAGACGGACAGACAGACAACUCGGGGAAAACAAUAUGUCUCCCUAGAAUAUUUCUGGCGUAGACAUAAUGAAACCAUCACUGUGCAGACAAGACCAAUAUAGGCAAUUUUUGAACCUGACGUGUUUAAAUAUCACGUGACAUGCAUAAUUAUAUCGCUUAAAGUAAAAGUUCUCGAGAAAAAGAUGUAACAAGUCGAGUAAAUUAUGUUGAAAUACCAAAUACAUUUAUCUUCUUGUUAUGUUUCUUGACGACUUCGCUGAAAGAUCUAGUUAGACGUGUAGAAGUUAAUCGCAUUGACAAAUAUUUUACGCAAUUCGAUAAAAAAGUAUGCGUAAUGAUUAAAAACAUUUACGUAUAAUGUAUUAAUUAUCACGCCUUCAUCAGAUGUUUUUGUUCAAAACGAAAAGACACAAGUUGACUUGACGCGAAACUUUUAGAUAAGUGGAGGCCCUGAUAAGCUUCCGUAAGUAUAUGUUCAAGGCAAAUAUACUUUAAUUAUACGCGAGGUUGCCGGUAUAUGGCAAGCCAAACGUUGCUAAAUUAUAUACACUGUGCGUGUUAUUCUUUUUAACAGUUGCCAAAUGAUUAUUUUCUGGCUGUAUGUGUCGCAUUCAUAAUGCGUAUAUUUAUAUUCUAAUGUUUCUUACACUUAUGACAAAAAAUCAUAAAACUUAAUUCAUGCAAUGGCUUUAUUUCACACCCACGACGUCAAAUAUGUAGUAAUAUAUUACAUCAAUACACAUUCAGUUUUGCAUAUUUUUACAAAACUAAUUUUUAAACUCCAUACAGUAUAGGUCUAUAUCUAGUUACAUUAGAACAUGUAACGCUAAGAGCAAGUUUAUAAUCAAUUACAUAAAAUCAAUAAACAUGUAAUAAAUGCAUUUUAUAUACAAGCGGUCUUUUGCGAAAUAAUAUUGCGCACCCAAAGUCGCGCAUUUUUUUUCCGCUGCAGAACUGGCGCAUAUUUUUCGAUGCAAAACUAAUAACCUAUAAUUAUUGCUCUGUAUGAUAAGAUGUAUGUCAUAAAACUGCUAGGAAUGAUUAACCAUUUUACCUUUAAAUAAGUCGAGUCAAAUUUCUGGCCAUAUUUUUAAACUAUUUGUAUAAAGAUUUUGUUGGGUAACUUGAUAUGACAUAACAUUCUGUGUCGGAUAUGCUACAAUACGAGUAUGACCUAUUUAAUUAUCAUGUGCUAACUUGUGUAAAUAUUCUUAUUUCAUUUCUUACUCUCUUUUUUUCUUUUCUUUUUGUGUGUGUGUGUUUUUUUUAAAUAGGUAUGUAUGUGCAAAACUGUCAAAGUGGGUUUGAAAUUGAGUAUUAUGUUACUUGUUAUAAACAUUCUUAUCUAUUAGAGGUUGGUCAAAAAUCCUGAUACGAGCUUUCAGCUACCAGCGAAACAUGGUAGACCUCUAGUAUUCGAGAUACUAAAUUAUGAGUUAUAAAUGACAAUAGAAUAUAUGAAGAUAUACAAAGGAUGAAAUUAACAUGCUGAAUUUUGGGAGGGUGUUAGUACAAUCGCUAUCUAACUGUAAUAAUUAUACGCUGUUUUUUUUAACAAACUUGCUUUCUGGAUGCUGAAAUUGUCUCUACAGGAACCUUAAAUUAUUGCGUGCGCACAACCAAAAUGGUUCACAACAAGAACAAUACACCAUUCAUGUUUUGUAAUAUUUUUUUAGUUCAGUUUUAGUUUACACUAGUUUAAUUAAGCUCGACUAUGCUUCAAGCUUAUUUUAAUCACUCUCGAGUUUGCUUCCUGGUAAAAAAACAGUAUUGGUGUCAUAUGGUCGUGAUUCAGUGAGGCUCAAAUCCGCAACCCCUGGGUUGAGCAGCCGACAAGUUCACCGCUUCUUUUUUUAGCUAUAUUACACGGGGAAAACAAUUAUCAACAAAGUGUGUGUCUUCCAAGAAAUGGACGGACUCUCUGUAGAAUCUGUGCAAAUUUAUUAUGAUUUUAUGGCAUUUUUCACGAUUCCGCAUGCAACUCAUUGCUGUAUUUUGUAGUAUGGCACCAAGCGAAGAAAACAUUAUUGUAACUUCAACAACUUUAAUGUUGGGCAAUAGGUUAGACCUGUAAGCUGAGACGUCCAUUGUUGUGCCACCACUGAUCAUUUCAGCUUAAAAAGAUUGUCGAUAUUUGCACAAAAAUAAAGUUCUUCUCUUCCGGUCCAUCCAUACCGGUAUUUUGAAAAUAUGUUUCAAAUUAAUAUAACAUGUACACAAGACUUGGUGUUUCCGCCCGCAAUAUUGAAAGAAAGCAUGAAGAAAUAAAUAGCUGUACACAUAUGUGCUCAUUUCUUUAUUUCUGAAUUCUAAGUAUAAUGUAAGAUUUCAGGAAUAUAACAGACCACUCCUGAACACUUUGUUCGCAAUGUUAUAUAAAUACAAUAAUAUUUGCUUAAUGUUGAUUUUGAAGGUGCCGGUACUUCAAAGUUGGAAAUGUUCCACGGGCAACAAUCAUAUUAUAGGCCUACGUAUUGUCUCCCCUGUGUUCUUCUGUUAUUACAUACUUUGCUUGGUGUCACAUUAACUGAUGAAACUUGUGCAGUUGCCGCGACUCAAAACUUUAUUUUCGGAAAGGCUUACACAUUUAAAUUGAAUGAAUACAACGGUCUAUAUACAAAAAUCAUUCGUCUUAUGAAGUUUUUAUUGAGAUUACAUGUUCGCAUUUGCUCAUCCUUAUGCCUGUUUUCUUCUUUUUUUAUGAUCUUCCUAGUCAUUAUAUGGUAGGAAUGUAGAUGUACAUAAUCUUAUGCUUUGUAUUGUUUUAAUUUAUAUAUUUGUUUUCUCCACUGGCUGUUGUUUUUCUAACAAUAGUACAGUUACUGUUCUAGAUAAAAACAUUUUUUUUUUGUUAGCAUGUACUUUAGAUUUGUAUCUGAACAAAUAGUCGCCAAACCUCAAUUUCCACAACAUCGCAGUGCCGCCAGGUCAUGUUUUAAACAAUUGAAUUUUUAACCAAUUAGGGACCUCCUGUAAAAGUUAAAGGUAUCUGUCUGUGUGUGAUGGACUUGAGUUCUGCAAGAGAAAGGAUGUAAAACACAAUAAUGAGCCGCACCAUGAGAAAACCAACAUAGUGCAUUUUGCGACCAGCAUGGAUCCAGACCAGCCUGCUGUUCGCUUUCUGCAAUUAGAGAAACCGUUAGCAGGCAGCACGGAUCCUGACCACACUGCGAGGAUGCACAGGCUGGCCUGGAUCCAUGCUGGUCGCAAAUGCACUAUGUUGGUUUUCUCAUGGUGCAGCUCAGUCAUCCUGGACACUAUUGAUAAUCUAUAUGAUUAUCUUAAAACAUAAAUAUCCACAAAAUUCUGUAACAGUUUAAACUAAGUUUUAUGUAGUCAAUAUAUUUGUUAUAGCUGCAAUGUUCACAAUUAUAUAAAAGAACUUUCAAAAUAGAUUUUGUUUGUGUGCUAAAUGCUUUUAGCGGCGUUCUGAAGUCCACUUAUUCUUAUUUUAACAGAAGAUAUUAAUAUCUUAAUAAAAAUCUGUAUCUAUA